AUGUCGCAAGAUAUUAAUUAUGCCGAGUCCAUAAUAACAGAUGCUCUCCAAGCAACUGUCAAUGAAGGUAGUGAAGUAUAUUGGGAUCUGUUCUUGAACACUGCAAAGGACAAAGUAAUCAACAGUUACUGUGGCACGCAUCUGGACGUGUUAAAAAGGGCAUGGAAACGUCGAUUCAAGGAAGUGGCUUCAAGGUUAAAAUUUCGUGUAAAAAAUGAUUCCGGUGACGCUAAUAGCUGGCAAAUCUUGAUCUCCAACGAAUUGAAGGCUAAAAGAAAGAGCUCUUCUCUAUCAGCAAGCACACAUGAUACGAUUAUGUUCUUUUAUGGACGUAUUUUUAUGUUCUUUAUUAGGUCUAAACCUCAAGCUCUUGAUAAUGAACGUUCCUGGUAA